AAAAUGAUCCGGUUCGAAGUCACCGCCAGAAUUGGUUCUUUUGUCCAGAAGAACCAAGCCGAAGACAGAACAAUCCGACAGGCGCAAACCGGGUAAAGCAGGAGAUUCUGUCGCAAAUCACUUGAAUGCGCCAAUGCGAUCCGAAUUGUUCCUCCGUUGUGUUCACUGCUUUCGCUAGACCUGCAGGGCUGAAAUACCCGUCCGGAGCUUGAUUCAUACCAUAAUCUCAGACUCUGGGGUUCAAGAAAAGCGAUGCGACCAUCAUUCCCUUCUUCACCUUCGUCUUUCCUCCCCAGAUCUGUCACCACAAGCCAUGCGGGUUUAACUAAAGGAACGGGAAUGGGGAAGAUAGAGAGGGACAAAGAUGGAGCUGAUGGGGGGCACCAUUGGCUCUGGCUCCAGGCCAACAGCACCGACCAGCGAUCACGCCCAAUUGUUGCCUCGUUUCAUGAUCUGCGCCUGUCCAGACUUGUCCUUUUCUCUGUUUUACCCCUCCUCCCUCCCUCAACCAGCAUGGACUACGUAAGGUUGGAUGAGUGCAUGGAUAGAUGAAUGAUUGAAUGAUUGAACGAUUAAUUGAUUGAAUGAAUGAAUGAAUGAAUGGACGAGAGAUUGUCCUUAUGACAUGCGUCGGGUAGACACAAGACAUCAUCCAUCGACCUAUUCUUCUCUUCCCCCCCUCCCCCUUCCCCUCCUCCUCUUCUCCUUUCCCGUGAUUUCACUGUAUGUAAAUUCAAUCUAUCCGCGGGUAAAGCGUGUUCAUCCAGCCGUCUCUUUCCAUCCAGUGAGUAUUUCCCAGUCAGUCUGCAGGUCCCGGUGUGACAUCGCAUUCACUCUAUCAAGUUUUCGCCGUCACAUCUAAGGUACUCUCUCUGCUAAGACUAAAGGUGAUUCUCCGGCUCAGGAUUUACAAUUGUCUGCAUCCCUCUUAAAGUUACUCAUGGCUUGGGGAACCUUGGGGAAACCGCUUCGGGGAAGGGUGAAGGGGUAAUUCAAAGCGACUAAGAAAGCA